CCCUUCCAUUCAUGCUGCUUGCUUUUUGCGACUCAAAUCUGGCCGCUCUGAGUUAAACGUCAUUUCUCGUAACAUCACCUGAGAAUUGUAAAAGAAAAUAUUCGGCUUUCGUAAGGGAAGAAAAAAUCGUAAAAUUGCUUCUGCUAUUUGCGAAAUAAUGUUACGUCUUUAAAAAAUGGCAAUGUUUCAAGCACGUUCCGUACUACAGUGCAAGUGGAGUCUCAUCGUUGGAAUUUUACUACUGUGUGACGUAUCGCAACAUGUGUCACACGGCGAGACCACAGUUAACCUCCAAAAAGAAAAUAUCAUAGGAUUAUUUAAUGCCAAUAAUAAAACUAUUUCCGUAGUGACAGAUAGUCCGAAUGCUUCGAAUGUUACGACAAAUGUCACAGCAAAUAUUUUACCAGAAUUAUUCAGUACAGCACGAUCUGCGAAUAGUACAAGCAAUAUCGUUAAUCAGACCAGUUCGUCAACCACCGUACAACAUCCUGUCACACCUGUAAAUACAACACAGCUUAACAAUAUCACAGGCGAUCAGACGACCGAAAAAGGCAGCACGGUGCCGCCGAGUCCUGUCAACGAUAAGAAUACCACGGACAUCUCAGUAUCAUCACAGAGUCCAGAUGUCGUCAACACAACGAAUACAAGCACAACCACCGUUGCCCCGGAACCAGUUCUUCCCGACAAGGGUUCUGCUGAGGAAGAACACAACAGUUCGAUGUCCAUAUUCUUUGUAUUAUGCGUCUUAGCGCUGGGCAUAUUAUUGAUACACUUGAUGCUUCAAUUCAAUUUCCAGUACCUUCCCGAGUCGGUGGUGAUAGUCUUCUUAGGUGCUGCAAUAGGCAUGAUUAUAAAUCUCAUGUCCAAUCAAAAUAUAGCAAACUGGAGGAAGGAAGAAGCUUUCUCGCCAACUGCAUUUUUCCUGGUCUUGCUACCACCUAUUAUAUUUGAAUCAGGAUACAAUUUGCAUAAAGGAAACUUCUUUCAAAACAUUGGCAGUAUUUUAGUAUUUGCUAUUUUUGGAACAGCAAUUUCUGCAUUUGUCAUUGGCGCUGGCAUAUAUCUACUAGGUCUGGCGCAAGUGGCGUACAAACUGAGUUUUGUCGAGAGUUUUGCAUUUGGAUCGUUGAUAUCAGCGGUUGAUCCUGUUGCCACAGUCGCAAUUUUUCACGCUCUUGAUGUUGAUCCAGUCUUAAAUAUGUUGGUCUUUGGAGAAUCAAUUUUGAAUGAUGCCAUCUCUAUUGUAUUGACAACAUCAGUAUUAGAAUCCAACAAUGCAGCAACUACCAGUGAAGCUAUUAUACUUGGCUUGAAUCGAUUUUGCCUCAUGUUCUUCGCAUCAGCAGGAAUCGGCGUAGUUUUUGCUUUAAUAAGUGCAUUGCUGUUGAAGCAUGUAGAUCUCAGGAAGAAUCCAUCUUUGGAGUUUGGUAUAAUGUUAGUGUUUACAUAUGCUCCAUACGUUUUAGCAGAAGGCAUACAAUUGUCAGGAAUUAUGGCAAUCCUGUUCAAUGGAAUCGUCAUGUCACACUAUACACAUUUUAACUUGUCUACUGUUACCCAAAUCACAAUGCAGCAAACAAUGCGAACAUUAGCCUUUAUAGCUGAGACUUGCGUUUUUGCGUAUUUGGGUUUAGCGUUAUUUAGCUUUAGACAUAGGUUUGAACCAGCAUUAGUUGUUUGGUCUUUAAUUCUGUGCUUGAUCGGAAGAGCCGCCAAUAUAUUCCCGUUGGCCUUACUUGUUAAUCGUUUCCGUGAGCAUCAAAUCACGAGGAAAAUGAUGUUCAUCAUGUGGUUUAGUGGAUUGCGGGGUGCUAUAUCGUAUGCGUUGUCGCUUCAUUUAGAUUUCAGCGACGAAACGCGCCACGUUAUUAUAACAACUACACUCAUCAUUGUAUUGUUUACGACCUUGAUAUUUGGUGGAUCUACUAUGCCCCUUUUGAAAUUCUUAAGGGCCGAAAAGAAGCAAAAGAACAGCAGCAGGAGAAAGAAGAAGGAUAAGGAAGUUUCCUUGAGUAAAACCAGAGAAUGGGGACAAACUAUAGAUUCCGAGCACUUGUCGGAACUCACAGAGGAGGAAAUGGAAGUGUCCUUCCUGCAGUCACGGAUUCGCGGUUUCGCGAGAUGGGAUCUGAAAUUUUUCAUUCCGUUCUUCACAAGACGGUUCACGCAGCAGGAGUUGAAGGAUUGCAAGUCGCAAAUGACUGAUUUGACGAAUCAAUGGUAUCAAGCGAUUAGGAUUAGUCCAAUUGAGUCGGACGACGAGGCAACCACGGCGUCGACCGCGCAAUUAAAUCUGAAUGUCGGUGGAACGGCCAAGGAGCAGCCACGUGGGAAGGAGAAAAAGAACAGCCGUCCUAGACACGGGUCUAUAUUAAGUAUUUAAUUUAUUUUAUGUGUGUGGUGUGUCCUUAAGUGUGCUGAACUACGUGCUUUCAACUUACCUGAAAAAUGGAUGUAUAUAAGUAUUUAUUACAAAUAUCGGUAUUUAUAUAUAUAAAGUUAUACAUAAUACAGCUUAGAUUUUUUCGAAAAUAAAAAUUAUUUUUAUUGAAGCUGCAGAUAUUAUCUCGCUCUGAUGGAUCAAGGGAAAGAGCUUUUACAAUUUUGCAAGAUUGAAAGUGAAUAUGAAAUGUCUUUUUGAUUUGAUUCGCUUAUUGCCUAAUAUUGAUCGCACACAUUUCAUGCCUUUUACUAAUAAGAUGCUUUAUUAAUAUAUUUCUAUUUAUGGAAUUUUUAAAUAUGGGUUUUAUUCUCUAAUUGUGUUUUUAUGGGUUUCUAAGCAGCCAUAAAUGGAGAAUUGAAUAUUUAUAGUUUGUUUAUAGUGCCAUGAUUAAUAGUCUAAAUGAAUAAUUCUGUUAGUUUUGUUAAUAAUAGAUAGAGCUAAUCGUUUGUUAUACAUUUAUAGAACAAAUUAAAUUUGAGUAGAGCUAAGAAAUAAUAAUUCUAGUCCUUUAAAAAUUAAUAGCAAUUAAUAUAAAAUAUUUAGUUUGCAUUAAUUGCGUAUUAAUUAAUUGCGUAAAUUCUGCACAAUGUGUGAGUGAAGUUUUUCGAAAAUGUCAAUACUACCUUUGUACUUUUUUUUUCCUCACUAAUCUUUACAUAUGUAUAAUUAUAAUCGCAUUAUUGCGUUAUAUUGUUAAAAGAUUGUUUAUGUAGCAAAAAGCAAUGUGUUAUUCAAUACGUUUGCUUUGCCAUUUGAAGCUUGGCGAUGGUGAUGGGUAAUAAAUUGAUUUCACCAAGAUUUUAAAAUGUUAACCAAAAUGCUAUUAAUUUGCAGAAAUGAGGAGGAUUGGUCUGAUUAAAGUUCAACUUGUUCCUACUAG